GACCCCAACCUGCGCCUGCCUCUGCGAGGCCACCGGCUGUCAGUUAACCAUCAGGGCAGGGGGUCACGGUCAACGGGGCCCAGCUGAGAUGGUGCCUCCGGAUGCUGACCCAGCAGGCAUUCCCGUGGGGGGACGCCUCUCGGAGCUGGGUGGGAGCAGCUGGGCAGGCUGGGCUCCCCGGUGACCGUGCCCGCCCCCCAUGUUUUGCAGCUCGCCCGUGCAUCGUGGGGGAGUGGAGCCCCUGGAGCGGCUGCUCGGACCAGUGCAGGCCGGGGACCCGCACAAGCCUGCUUAUCCAAGGGCUGUGGACAGGUUUGAGGCCAAGUUUAGGAAGUGUCGCCUCGAGUACUGCAGGCCUCAGGUGUUCACUGUCCUCCUGUUUUCCAGUCCCUGCCUUCAUAACUACCUCUGCAUUCAACAAGGAGAGAACAAGACAAGUUGCCUCCCCGCAGUGGCCGACAGACACCCAGGAUGCCGGGUACUGCAUGGAGUUCAAGACCGAGUCAUUGACCCACCACUGCGCCAGGGAAAACCGCCCUCUGACGCGAUGGAUGCAGUACCUGCGAGAGGGGUUCACAGUGUGUGUGGACUGUCAGCCUCCAGCCAUGAACUCUGCAAGCCUGCGCUGUUCUGGAGAUGGCCUGGACUCCGACGGAAAUCAGAUUCUCCACUGGCAAGCAAUUGGCAACCCUCGAUGUCAAGGAACUUGGAAAAAAGUUCGGCGAGUAGACCAAUGUUCUUGUCCAGCUGUGCACAGUUUUAUAUUUAUAUAGACCGCGAGGUAAAUAUCUCAGUCUGUUUGUAAACAGGCUAAAUACUAUCAAGUCAUGUUUAAUGCUUCAUAAACCUUCAAAAAUGGUGUGGCCGAGAUCCUGAGACAUGUCGUUGCCACACCCGAAGGAGAAAGAUAAUUUAGGUGCUAAUUUUCAAGAAACACAGCACUCAGUUGAGGACUCACCCUGAAGUGUCCUGUGGUUUUGUGUCCUUGACCUCCCACAUAGUCUUCUCAUUCAACAGGUGGCCCAUGCAACACAAAAUACAUCUGUUUGCACUAGAAUUACUACAACAUGGUCCAUUUGUUGGUAAGCUGUCAUAUUAGGGUAUCCAUGCUUUGAAUCUUGCAUUUUUCCUUCCUUUUCUGUAAUUUUCAAAAAAUGUAUAGAUAUAUGUACACUCUCACAUUUCUUAUAUGUUCUUAUACAAACUAUGAAAUGACUAAUUUCAAGCAAAAGGUCACAGAUAAUUUUCUACAAGACAAGCUAUUUAAGAUAUAGCAAGCAUUUUGUAAUAAUCCAAUAGCUCUGCUAAAAAUACUUAUUUUGAAGAACUAGUUAAUUGAAAAGAUCAAUGAGUUCCUUUAAAUAUUAUACUUUUCAUGAUAAAUUUUGACACCAAUGACUGAAACAAUUAUGACAAUUCUACCAUCAUUAGAAUCUAAGAUUACUGCUAAAGCCUGAAACUGACCAAAAUCAUCUUUGAGUCAAAUUUAGUUGAAGUGAACUCACUACUUAUUUUCUACAGCAUAUCAUAGUCAUUGUCUUAUGUUUGGAGUGGAAGGCAGAGGAAUAGAUCCUUUGGCCUGGUACACAUAGAGUAUUAUUAGUCUUAUGAUUGGAGAAUCAGUGAGACAAAGUGCUUAAGCAUCUGGAAUGCCAAGUGAUUCUUCAAGUCGCCACUGAACCAAAUCCGGCUUCUCAUACAGAACUCGGCUUUGAUGGAAAGCCAGAUUAUGCCAAAGACUGUGCUGUAAAAGCACAGCCCUUUUCAUUUUCUUUUUUAACAAAUCUUAAAUCCAGGAUAUUUUCUUUGAAAAACUUAAACUGUAUGAAAUUCAUUUGUAUAAAAUAUUAUACACUAGCAAAUGAUUUACAUAUUUCUCUGUACUUACCAUGUAAUGACAGAAUGACAAUUACAAGCUUAAUAGAGAUGGCAAAUAUUUAAUUUUAAUGUGGAGAGUAUUCAAUUUCUUGACUAAAUAUUCAUUUAACCAUCUACGUUAUUUUUGUGGUAAAUUAAAUUCUUCAGAAAUUAUGUCUCAAGGUUAAGAGUUCAGUAUUAACAUUUUAUGAUCAUUUCUAACAUUUGUCAAGCAAGGUUUUUGAAAAUAUACCUGGGUAAUUUUCAAUGUUACUUAAAAUUUUUAUACCAGUAAAUAAACUGUGUUCACAUUUUAAAAAGCUCUUUACUUGUUUGAUUAGAAAAUACCCAAAUUUUCUGGGCUGGUCAGAGAAUGAACAAAAGUUCACCAAAACAACCUUCGGAAUUGACACUAUGAUGACUAACAGCAAUAAAGCUAUGAUGUAGUUAAGGUUCACUAUGUCAUAACAUUUAGCAUAUUUAAAAUGCAUAAAAUCAAAUUUUUACCUUAUACAUUUAGUUUUUAAUGCAUAGCCAUUAAUUACUUUCAUCUUGUAGUAUAUUUUUGUAAUUUCUAUUCCUGAGAAAAAUUUCAUCGGCUAGACUUAACUAUUAACAAGCAUUUCAAAACUAUUAUUAAUUCUUGCAAAGCCCAAGAAAUGAGGUCAGAACUGAAACAUGUAGUCAAAGUGAUUAAUGAAGGAAAAUUUUUAUUUUCAAAGUUAAAGAUUAAAGUAUUUAAGACCUC